AUGGCUCAUAAAGCACAAUCAGCACUUCCCAUUUCAGCACCUACUUCGCUAUUAACUCCCAUUAAAGUUCCUCAAAGACUGCUAAUGGGACCAGGGCCAUCGAAUGCAUCACCUCGCGUUUUAGCAGCCUCCGCUUUACCAUUGUUGGGUCAUUUACAUAAAGAAUUUCUAGAUGUAAUGGAUGAAAUUAAAGAAGGUUUGCGUUAUAUAUUUCAGACCAAUAAUAGUUUGACUAUCGCUAUUAGUGGUACAGGACAUGCCGCUAUGGAAGCAGCGAUUGCUAAUGUUGUCGAGCGUAAUGAUAAAGUAUUAGUAGCGGUAAAUGGAUUAUGGGGAGCUCGCGUUUUUGAUUUAUCCAGCAGAUACGGGGCAAAAGUAACAACAAUUAAGAAACCUGUCGGCCAAGUCUUCACCUUGGAAGAGAUUGAAGAAGGAUUAAUCCGAGACAAGCCAAAAUUAUUUUUCAUAACUCAUGCCGAAUCAUCUGCAACCGUUUUACAACCUUUGGAAGGAAUUGGUAGACUUUGCCACAAGCAUAAUUGCUUAUUGCUAGUAGAUACGGUUGCAUCGUUAGGAGGAAUUCCAAUCAAAGUUGAUGAAUUGGAAAUAGAUAUUGUCUACAGUGGAGCUCAGAAAUGUCUUAGCAGUCCUCCUGGUGCUUCUCCGAUUUCAUUUAGCCCAAGAGCAUGGGAUAAAGUGAAAAAUCGAAAAACUAAGGUUGAAUCUUUUUAUUUCGAUCUGAUACAACUUGCAAAUUAUUGGGGGGUAGACGAUCAGCCUAGAAGAUAUCACCAUACCGGUCCUAUUAGCAGCUUCUACGCUCUUAGGGAAGGAAUCUCUAUUCUGUGCAACGAGGGGUUGGAGAAUUCAUGGAGGCGUCAUAAAGAAAAUUCAGAAUUACUAUGGAACGAAUUACAGAAGCUAGGUCUAGAGCUCUAUGUCAAAAAGAAGAUUGCUAGAUUGCCAACAGUAACCGCAGUCAAUGUUCCAAAUGGCAUUAAUUGGAAGGAAGUUGCAACGUUUAUAAUGCAAAAAUACAAUCUAGAAAUAUCUGGCGGACUAGGUGAAACUGCAGGGAAGGUUUGGAGGAUUGGACUUAUGGGAUAUAAUUGCACCAAAGAAAAUGUCCAACUUAUCACUGCCGCCAUGUAUGAUGCCCUUCAACAACAGCGUCAGGGUUCGGUGAAAUCAUCGUUGUAG